UUUGACAGUUGACAUUUCUUUUAAUAAACAAAAAUGCCGCGAGCGAUCAGUGGCUCGUAAUUUUAGUUUGCGGUGUUUUGGCGGAAACUUUUGCUUUAUUUCAAUUAACAGCUAUUCCUUCCUUUGUGUAAUAAGCAUUAUUUUGUAACAUGACGCCGUACGGUAAUGCGCAUAGAUUUUUUCUGAGAACGGUAGCCAGUCAAGGCGUAAUAUCAGUCGAAGACGCUCAAAAACUUUUAGAUAAUUGUAAUAGUGACGAGGAGAUAACAGUAAAAGACGUUGUUAAAGCCGUAAACGAUGAAAUAAAACCAUACCAACAGGAGAUUAAAAUAGCAACAGAUGAGUUUACAAAUGAUGAAGUAGUAGUGUUCCUAUCUCUCGGUUACGACGAUGCUACAAAAUCACAAAAUGUGUUCUCCGCCACUGAACUUGAGUAUUUCAGAAUACUGUUAGAACAGAUAAUGACUACAGAAUCUAGACAGGUCUCUGGUAUUCAUGCUAUGAAUUUAGUUAGUAAAAUGAAAUCAUCUUUUACUAAAAGUGAUGCUGAAAAAUUGCUCGGAACUUGGUGCAGAAUGAGAUAUUUGGAUAAAGAUCAGGACAACUACGCUCUUGGUGUACGAGCAAUCCAUGAAUUUGAAGGAUACCUCCACCAGAAUAUGCCCGACUCCAUUGAAGAAUGCUGCCUUUGCAAGCGGAUUGUGUUUAGAGGAUACAAUUGUCCUGGAUGUCCUAUGGCCAUUCACACAAGAUGUCUGAGGCGGUAUUUAGAGAAAGUUAAUAAGUGGCCAUGUUGUAAAAUAGAUUUCUUCGAAAAUCAGUUGGAGAGUAUGACUGAGAGAAGUUCCAGAUUGGCUCAGUCCGAGACACAGCAGUUAGAUACUUCAAAUCGUUCAGAUGAUGCUACAGAACUUGAUCCAACUCAGAAUACUGAACUCACUCAAGACGUAGAAAUGUCUCAAGAUGUUAUACCAGAAAUCUCACAGAGAGUGACUAGAAAACGAAAACGAACUUAGUUUAUAACUCUAAUGAUAACUAACCUUUUUGGUAAGAUUCCAUGUUGAUUUGAUAAGCUUUUGUAUUUUAUUUUUAAUUAGUUUGAGAUUCUGUAGAAGUUAUGUAGUUUCGGUUUCUUUAAGUAACUUUAGUUGUAAUGGGACAGAAAUAUCUGUGAAUGACUCGCUUUAUAUUCAAUUUUACUCUUAUUUGUUUUUUAAGACUGUUGAUUUGAUAUAUAUGGUCGCGGAUUAUCCACAGAUAAUUCUGCUGCUUUGCUUUAAUAUUUUUGUUAAU